GGGCGGGAGAGCGGCAGCAGCGGCGGUCCGUGAGAGAGAGCCUGAUGUCGGAGACCGCCCGUUCCCUGUUCGACUACCGAGAGCCCCCGACGCUGGACAGCGACGGAGAGGGCGGCAAACCGCCGCCGCCACGGGGACGUGGCUGUGGAAGGAAAAGGAAAGGCACACCAGUGAAGGUGUGUGAUAGAGUUUUUGCCACAGAGGACGAUGAGGAGAGCAUGUCAGAGCACAGCUACGGACCUGCUGAUGGUCAGGAAGGUACAAAGAGCAAACAUAGAUCUUCUGCCGAAGGGCCACACCAUACCCCAGAAUCUUCUUCUCAAACCUGUUCUGGUGAGAUGGCAGAGGAAGGCUCCAGCAGUGGCAGAGCCCCGGUCCUGUACCCCCCUCCUCCAAACUGCCGCAUUAGAGAAGUGCACUGUGGCAAUCAAGUGCGGCUGGUCGUCAUAGCGAUCCGCGACAUCACUAAGGGCGAAGAGAUCACCGUGGACUACAGUUUGACGGAGUGGGGGGAGAACGCCUUGGGUUUUCACGGGACGGUGCCACCUGCUGGCUUUGAUUGCCACUCAGACCACGAGAACGUUAAGAAGGAGGAGGACUCUGGGCCGGUUGCUCUGUCAGAUUACGUCACGCCAUCUUGGUCCCUCUCUCCCUCAUCAUCCCCCGUCUCUCACUCUGACGGCAGUGACUCAGACCACGAAUCGGAUGAUGCUAAUGGCGAAACACGCAACCCAGCUCCUCGACGUCGCAAAAAACGCAAACCACCAGUGUCAUCUUCCAUGGCUAACGCUAAGAAAAAGACGCCUCAGCGUCCUCCAGGACGUCCCCCUACACUGCCCCGUUCUCUCCCCUCUUCCCCUCCACAGCCUGCUGCCCCCUCUAAGCCAGUGUUUAAGUCUCCUGUGCCAGCUGGAGUGGCAGGAGGUGCCGUUAGCGUAGUGGCAGGUAGAGGCGUUAGCAUCAUGGUGCAGAAACAGUGCUGUGUUUAUUGCGGACGACACUAUCGCUCACUGCACCGCCACCUGGAGAAACAUCACGCCCAUCAGCAUGAAGUACGUGCUGCCAUGGAGCGUGCACACAGCUCCGCCCACCUGCCACACCUGCACGCCUCCCUGCCUUCAUCUUCAUCCUCUUCCUCCUUUUCAUCUUCUUCACCUGCACACCACCGCUGCCAUAAAGAAUUACCUGGUCAAUCAGUUGCUGCUGUUCAAACACAGCAUUCGCCAGCUCCUUCUUCCACUUCUCCAGCCAGAAGGAGCCCGGCCCUCUCCAGCCCCUCCCGCAAGAGCCCCGCCCCUCAGCCAGUCACCCCACCCCGCAGGGGAGGGGUUCCUGUGUCUGUGCUAAAGAGGAGCCCGCCCACCCCUUCAACUCCACCCAGAAAGGUGGGGCGCAAAGUGAAGAAAGAGAAAGAAGAGGUAGAUAUAGCGGAGAAGCCCAAAGAGGAGCCCGUUCCUGUGCCAGUGUUCACACCACCGGUGAAGGAGGCAGAGCCAGAGCUGCCAAAUGAGGAAGAGGAUGAUGAUGAGGAAAGGGAGGACGACAGUGGAGCAGAGGACAAGAGCGACCUGUCCAGUUCUCGACGGCCCCACAUGCUGCCCCUCCUGUCCUCUCUCUCUUCCCUGGUCCUGUAUCUGCGGCGCCUCCAGCACUCUGCCUUCAUCUCUCUCUCCCGCUCCCCUCAGUCUGCUGAAGCCUGGCGUCUGCUCUGCCACUCCAGCCUGGCUCUGCUCAUCCUCUACAACCGCCGUCGUGAGUGUGAGGUGUCCAAACUCACAAUCUCUGAGUACCAGUCCCGAGUUACCCCACAGUGCCCCAUUCCAGUGCCUCCCGGUGCCCCACCAGCGCUGACCCCACUAGAGGCGUCACUGUCUCCCUUUGAGCGACUAGUGCUGCCCCACCUGCCACGUGUUGGGGUCCAGGGCAAGAGAGGUCGUGUUCAGCCCCUCAUCCUGCCCCCCCACUCAGAGGCCUGCCUGGAACUUCUCCUGCAGACGCGGCCCGGAGUUGGAGUGGACCCUCAGAACCCCUAUGUUUUUGCCCGGCCGUACCAUUCCCCCGCCACUCCCCUGAGGGGUACGGACCUGCUGCGGAGUUUGGCCAAAUCCAGCGGUACCCGUCACCCGCGGGCGCUAACGCAGACGCGUGUUCGCAGGCAGGUGGCUAUUCUGACCCAACUGCUGCUGCUGAGUGAAGGGGAGGAGGAGGGGCAUCGUGGAGCUGCCACACAGCGGCUAGAGACCUUCCUACAGAAGGAGUACCAUGUGACCCAAAGUUGCGCUACCAUUGGUCAGGAUCCAGGGCUGAUGGGACUGAUUGGGCGAGUUGUCCUGUGUGGGGAGAGGGAUGGUGUUCUGUUUCGGGGCAUGAGCCUCAAUCACAUUUGCUUGGAGUUGGAUGUGAUGUCAGGGAACUCUGCAGACUCUUUAUCAGAGGAAUCGGAUGGAGAUCUGAAAGAUAUGAAGGAUGAAGAAUCUCCCACUGACUUAACCAAAAAGACCACCAUGAACAACAAACCCCCUCGUCCCAGGAAGAUGAACUCCUCUCCCUUCUCCCCAAACCGCAGGAGGAGCUCUGGACAGCCCAAACCAGGUAAACGGGGUGUUCUGAAGCGCCCGUGGUCUGAAGCAGAGCGAGCGGCCGUAGAGUCCCACCUGGUGAGAAACAUCAUGGAGCUGCGUGUUCCCGCUAAAGCUGACUGUGAACGGUGCCUGGAGCAGUGCCCCCUGCUGGUCACCAACCGCCGCGACUGGAGGGCCAUCAAGUUCUACUGUCACAACCGCAUCCAGCUGCUGAAGAAAACCCAGCAGAGACAGAGUCCACCCACUCUGUCCGUCUGCUGAGGUGCUCAGUCUGGAGUGCGGUAGGGAGGCGUAGGGUGGGUGGGUGGAGUCACCCGCAGAAAGAGAAUGUGAGAACUUUUACCAGACUAAAGCUGUAAAUUUAAAGUGUAGCCUCUUUCAUGUACAAUCAGCAGCGACGCUUCUGCUUCGCUGGCAGACUGAGCCUGUGACAGAAGGGUUGCAGAAAUGGCACAUUGAUGAAGAUUAUCACACAAACAAAACAAAAGCUUUUCUUUUUUUUGUGGAAGAACUGUUUUUUUAAAUACUUGUCCUGUACAGAAGAGACGGAAAUGGUACGUUUGGCUCAGACUCAUCCAGACUAUAACCAACCUUUAAAAUCUGAAAACAAAGGCAAAAGAAAAGAAAAGGUGCUUCAGAAGCUGUUCUAACCCUGAUUUAACCUUCUACUCACAAACACAGCUGUCACUUUCACAAUCAUUUCAUGAAAUGUGGUAUUUGUUCAUUGUCUGUCAAUUUACAGAAAAAAAGAACACUAAUUUUUACUGUUACUGUCUAAAUAAAACUUCAUAAACAUAGACCAACAGAAAUGUUAAAAAAUUGGCUAUAACUUUUAUAAAAAGUUGGGAAUGUUUUUUCCUCCUCCUGAAAAGUAAAUUGAUCAUUCUGUUGGAGCAACAGUAGGUUCUUCUAAGGCCAUUAAGACCAUUAAUGUUUUUUUUUAAAUGACAGUAAUGUUGUAAUGGCAGCUUAAAUGGUGCUGGUUCCUUGUGAGCUGACUCUUCCUCAAUCUCUUUUGCCUUUACCAUACAGUACCAAGUCAUAAGUUUGGUCACACCACUCCUCAUUCAGGGGUUAUUUUAGUUUUUAUUAAUUCCUUCAUUGUAGAUUAUUAUGUAGGGUUUCAAAACUAUAAAAUAAUACAUAUGGAAUUAUGUAGUAAACAGUGUUAAGCAAAGUGUUAAUUUAGAUACUUCACAGUAACUCUGUAUGCUCUGAUUUGCCCAUUCUUGGCUCUCUAGGGCGUAGCUUCGUGAGAUAGAACCUGGAAUGGUUCUCCAACAAGGAGCCUUGAAGGAGUUCCAGAGGUGCUGAGCUUGUUGCUGUUUUUUGGUGCUGCUUUUCUUUUACUCUUCACUCAUCAUAAACUCAUCCUGAACCAGCUCAGGUGGGUUUAGGACAGGGGAUAGUAAAGGACAACCAUUUUUAAUUUCUUGCAAAAUUCCAUAUGUGUUAUUUUAUAGUUUCGAUGCCUUAAAUAUUAGGGAUGCACCGAUAACAAAUAGUACCUGCUAAUAUCGAGUACUGUUAUCAAUAUCAGCCCUGAAUUAACUUAUUGAUAGGUGCCUAUAAAUCCAUAUAUUUAUAGUGUUCCUAUAUAUGUUUUAUAAUUUUGUUAAAGACCCAAAUAAGAUAUAAUCGAACAAGCUAGAAAAAACUUUGAAUGAGAAGGUGUGUCCCAACUUUUGAUUGGUACAGUACUUUCAGGCAGAAAGACAACAUACAGUACCGUUCAAAAGUUUGUUCGCAACUUUAAUUCAGUGUUUUAGUUUAUUUUUUCAUUAUUUUUAAAUGUUCUGCAUUGUAGAUUAUUACUAAAGUCAUCUAAAUUAUAAAGAAAAAAAACAUUUGGAAUUAUUUAGCCAAAAAAAGUGUUAAACAAGCCGGAACAUAUUUUAUAUUUUACAUUCUACAGAGUAGCACCACUGAUAGCUUUCUACAUAGCUUUAUGAGGUAGAGUCACAUGGAAUGGCUUUCAGUUAACAGCUGUGCUGAACUCAGUUUUGACUUUAGACUUGUGUUUAAAAUGUGACUGGUACUGUACAUUCAGACAGAAAGACAACAUACCUAAAGACUUGAGUAAAACACUGUAUAAGCCAGUUUGUAACUUGGGAUGAAGGUGAGAAUUGACCGAAUGCAUCUUGAGUGCCCUGUGGGCAUUUCUGGCUUGGCGAAAUGACACAGACCACUUAGAAGGGGAGAGAAGGAGGAUAAUAGGAAAAGCUCAGACAUAGGAAAAGGACUAUCAUCUGUUUAUCAAUAAGUCAUUUUGCCUAGGCUUUCUAAACCUUGGCUUUACUACCUUAGUUUUUAUGUUUUAAUAGUUUGAACCAAUUUGAUUAUCUUUCAUUUCAGCUUUUUUCUAGCAGUUUAAGAAGUACUGUAAUUUUUACUGUACAAACUGUUCUGUUUUAAUGAUUUUCUGAAUGCUUCCUAUUUGGGAAAACUCAGUAAAUCAUUACAAACUCCCAGUAUUCCCAUACAAAUACAUUUCCAUUAGUGUUCCUGUGAUUUCUGAUUGGUCGUGUGGGUCAGAGUCGGUUCUAAUAGCGCAGAUGUAGAAUUUCGUAGGCGCACAUGGCUUUGUAAACUUCGCUUUAACAAAGGUUAAACUAUAGUUGAGCUUUACGUAAAUGUGUGUUUAUCAGUCGAAGCUGUUUAUAGGAUUACACCUUUCUUAUACGAAACACAUAACCACACUUAACACCUCAGCUUAUACUUGAAUUAUUUAACAGUCCGUACUAUACUGUUCUCUGUGUAACGUGUCGUCUCCUGUUCGGUCCACACUCGCUGUGUACAUACAGAGAUAUGAUUCUUCUUAUUAAUAUUUGUGUUUGUUAUUGUUGUCAUUAUCGUCAUGACUGUGGAAACCUAUAUUGUUUUUGGUAUGGCAAGCUUUUUCUCAUUUGAAACGUCUUGUAAAUAUUUUUGUACAUAUAUACAUAUAUAAGGAUUAAAGAACCACAGAAGAUGUAA